UAUCGAGUGUUUUCAGGCACAGAGUGCUAAAAUAAAUGCAUGGCGUCAUACAUAGCUAUUGAAUAUGCUCAAGUGGCGCAACUGGAGAAAUAAUAAUCCAUUUGAUGGUUGCGUGAAGCUGUAGAACAAAUCUCUACGUGUUAUUUUUCUAGAAAUUAAUCUUGGCUGUCGAAGAAAAAUAAACCUGGUCCCGGAAGUUUUUUACUAUGAAGGUUCUUUCUUAGUAACCCUGUUGACUUUUUUUAGAGAUUCGGGCCAUUGUCAACUGGAACGCAGCUUGUCUCCUGAAUAUCGCCCCAGCUUGCUGAUUGCUCAAAACUGAUCUCUGUUGAAGGGGCAUGCUUCAAGCCGCAAGCGGCGAUGAAGAUUCUGAUAUCUACGUUCUUGACCUACUAUACAAUUUGCUUCACACCAAGUAAUGCUGAGGCAACACCACAAAACCAACGCUGCUUGGCGAUGCCCCAAGAAGGGGAAGAUUGCAAAGUUUCUCUCACUCAGUGGUAUUAUGACAAUAAAGAAGGAAAAUGUAAGACUUUCCAGUACGGAGAUUGUCCACAAAGUAACAAUACCUUUAACAGCGAGGAAGAAUGCAACAAGACUUGCAUGAGGGUGACGGCGCAGCCCACUGGCACCGGACAUAUCAAAGGGCAAGGAGACGAACAAGAGAGCGGGAAGACAGGCCAACAAAGUGGAGAAGGGAUCCCGCUAAAACCUAAAGGUGGGUAA